AGUGAUAUGAUCGCCAUCAAUAAAAAAUGUCCAGUGACCAUCCUCGGCGUCACCUUUUUAUACGGAUCUCACAAUCUGUUUAAGUACAUAGAAAAAAAAGGAGUUGAACAGAUUUGUCCCAUGAAAAGUUUCACUGAAAAAAUUUAUUGAGUCGAUUUAUAUUUUUUUGUUUAUAAAGCAACGUUGAAGUGAUAUAUUUCUGUGAGAAAAGUUUCUUAGGCAGGGUUGUAAAAAAUACCUCUAGAUUUCUAAUAGUAUUAGAGAUUGAUUGAAAUUAUUUUAUUAAACUAUUAAACUUGUAUGUUUUCCCUCCAGUAAUUUUUACUUUAUAUUGUACGUGCCUAAUAUAUUUUUUCAUCUAUUCAUGGGUGACUGUGAAUUUAGCUCAAUUCAAGAUGAAAUUCCCUGCGGUACUGUUGUUAGCUGCUACACUUGUGUUGUCACCAUCAUCACUUGACUGCCAGAAAAGUGAAGAGUUUCCAGGCUUGGCUGGGAAGCUAUCAACUUCACUAAAAUAUCUAGUUGCAAAUUUGCCGCAGAAACAUAUUUAUGAACAAAUAAAGAAAAUUAAAGAUGUCUGUAACCAAGAAAUUGAUUGCCAGGAUGUUGCAGCACUGACCGAACCUAUUUCGUUAUCGUUAUCCAAAUUGGUAGUUUUGCGUCCAGUAACUUUUAAAGAAAUUUUGAGUUUAGCAAUAGAAUUUGACGUAGUUAUUCUCCAGUUUGUACUAUGUCCUCUUUCAGAGAGUAUGGAACCAAGUCAAUAUAAAGAAAUAUUAAAUGCACUUAUGCCCAAUCAUGGAACUAACUUAACUACGUACACUAUCGAUUUUCAUGAGGAGAAAUGCAUUUUAAAGGAUAUCCAAGAUAACGAAAUUGAUUGUAACCCUUCUUAUGACGAAGAUCAAUCACCUUUUAGUAUUAUAAAGAAAAUUUUAUCCCAAGACAAUUUAGCUGCUAUAGAUAUCACUUAUUUACUUAUAAAUUUUUGCUUACAUCUAGUUAAAACUGUAAUUUGUUCUUUAUAAUCUACAUAGUAGAUACUUGAUGCUAAUAAAUUCAAUUAAAAACUCCAACAAGCAAAUAGAUUUGUUUUUAUAUUACAAUUCACAGAGUUGAAGUGAAAAUGUAGCAGAGGCUGCUAUUGAUAUAAAA